AUGGCAAAAGCAACAGUAAAAGAAAACGCGUUUUUCAAGAGCUCCUCAGAUUUUUACAUGUUAAAUUCCACUAACAUCCAAGAGAAACAGUCCUUUCCUAUCUGCCCACGGAGCAACGUUAAAAAACUGCAACAAGUCACGCGUAAGAGACGAAAAGCACUCCCAAGUACUCACCCCGCUGUCCGCUCGCUCUCGACUCAGCGCGCUCCGGGAGCGGAGCCGGAGGUGAGCGCCUCUCCUCUCCGCAGCCCCGCGGACGCUCCCGCAGGGGACGGUUCGGCAGCGGGUCCGAAAGAGCUGCAGGGAACUCCCGCCUCCGACUCUCCAAGCCCGGCAUGUGCCCGCAGCCCCGUCCCUCCGGAGCGGCAGGUUCUCCUCCUCCUUCCCCGCCUCCUCCACCCCCGGGCGGCUUUCUCACUGGGAUGCUCAGCACCCCCCGCACCUCGGGCUUCCCCCGGCGGCGCCGCACCGGGAGCACCGGCGGCUCUCUCCUCGCUCCCCACCUGCUGCUACCGGAGGAAAUCCGGAGCCCGCGGGAGGGAAGCGGUGCCCGGCGGCGAUACCGGCUGCGGUUCCGUCGUUCCCUUUAACUCCUUCCCUUCCCCGCCGGAGGGAAGCCCGGAGCACCGGUGGGGAGCUGUAGAGGGAUGAGCGUAUGGCACGCGUAGGGGGUCUGCUCCUAUGGGUAUGAAGGGCUGAAUGGGACCUAAGAGGUGUGUUUGCAGGUGCGAACUUAUGGAUGUGGAUGGAAUGUGGAGGGUUCUGUGCAGCCCAUCACCCACUGCCCCAUCCCUGCAGUGGGAAGACUCUGCCUCCCCCACCUCAUCCCAGGGCCUGACUCAGGCUGAUGGACUGCCCUGGGAUGUCCAGACCCAGGGGAUUUAGUUUGAUAAACCUGUUACCAUUAAUUGCGUUAAGUGCUAAAGUAGUCUAGGAAAAAGAACAAAUGAGAGAUGGGGACAAACUGAAACCUCUUCCAUACCAAGGCUUUGGAACUGCUGGUUUGUAACAAGAGACCUUGAAGAGGAGGGACUGGAAAAUCAGGAGCAUGGAAAACUUAAAGCCUUUUUAUUGUAGUAUUUUAAAAGUUUUUCUGUACACACUUUAAAAAAAAAAAAAAUCAUCUAAAAUGAACUUACAGCCAGGCAAUAUAAACUCACAAAGAUGGACAUACAAAAAGCCCAGGUUCCAGGGAUAAAACCUCUCCUUUCUGUUUUCUCACGUUCUUCUGGGCUGCCACUACAACGUUGCUAGGCACCAUCAGUGUGGUUCCGAACUGCAAAGGAAAGGGGAAGGCACUGUCUGCAGAGGACUUGCCUCCUCCCCAGGCUCAGAAAUGCCUCUAGGGGCAAUGGAGCAAACCACAGGUUCUAAUUCUUCCUCCCUACUCCAUUUCCACCAACCAGCAGACAUUUUGCAGAAACGUGGACAAGAUAAGCAAGCCCCAGCAAAGCCGCAAUGACAGGAGCUUAGUAUUCACAGAGACCUCAGUGUCUCAGUGAAUCCUGGGGUGAUUUUUUCAGCCAGUGACAGAGGAUGUAUGUGUCUUGCAACACCAGCAACAGGCAGCACAAGAUGCUGCUUUCUCCUGGUGCAUCAUUGUCUUGCUGAGCACAACCUCUGCAAAGUGAGAGCCUCUGCCAUAUGAAUCUACAAAAAGCCACAGCUGUCCCUUUUGACUCUUCCAGGUAGAGUAGAAGCUGAAUGAAUAAGAAUUGCUGCUGCCUUGUCGUGAGGAAGCUGUCUGCUUGCAGUGAUGAUUUUCUUACUCCUAAUGCCCUUAACUUGAUCAU